AUGGAAAGCGGUGAUCCAGACUUAAUAUUAGAAAGAAAAAGAAGAGAGAUUGCUAUCGGGAUCAGAGAUCUCAUUAAAAGCGUAACUGUGCAGGAUAAUCCCGAGCCGGAAGAAAUUAUAAAUGUGAUGUCAGAAGCAUCAAAUGCCCAUGGAUUAGAUUAUUUGUUGGCUAAUCAAAGCUACCUAAAUAUAUGGACAAAAUUAGAAAAUAUAGAUUUAAAGGGCCCCUUUGCUUAUUUCUAUCUCGGACUAAUUAUUGAUUAUGAUGACAUGCCAACAAAAAAAUUUUUUAAAGUAAUAAAAAAUUGUUUACAAAAAUUGAAUGUAAACUAUCAAGAUUUGAUCAAUUUCCUAAAACAUUGUGGAUUGGAAGUUCUAAUAAAGCUUAUUACAAUUUUUGUGUUAGCUGAGAAAGUCGACAAAGACAAGCUUGACGGAAAGAAAAUAUAUGAAAUAAAUAAUUCAUUCAUAGCCAGAUUCAAUUCAAUUUAUCUUAGAGGAGAUAGUCUUGGCUAUCUUGAUGAUUUCCUAGUAAGAAGAUUUUUGCAAUUUUUAAAUUUUGCUGAUGAACUGAAUUUGGGAAAAAAUUGCACCAUACCUGUUGACUCAUGAAGUAAUUUAUUGGAGUGUGCUAGUUCCGCCCAAACAUUUAAAUACAUAUUUCCAGCACUCAAAAAUCAUAUAAAAUUUGCUAAAGAUAAAACGUCAGAAACUCCUCAUUUAGUUUCUUGUUUACUUUCACGUUCAAAUAAAGCGCGUUAUUGGGCUUCUGAUCAGCUUUUUUUGAAGAAUAAGAACUGAAUGUCAUCUUACAUUAAGUUCUAUUUGGACGAUUUGCUCAGUGAGACCAUUACUUAUGAUCAUGAUACCGUUCCUUAUGACCUUUUUUCGAGCGAUCCCAUUAGUUAUGAUAUGAAAAUACAAAGAAUAUCGUCAGCGAUUUCUCUUUUUAUAUCGUUCAUAACAGAUAAAAACAAAAAAAAACUGAACAAAUAA